AUGGCCUAUGAAGCACCUAGAACAUCUCAUGGAACAGCAGCUAGAAUCGCUUUGCAAUUACAUGGACUGCUCAGAGCUCCAGCUGGCCAGAAACCUAACUCAGAUGGGAAUGCAUAUGAAGUAUUAACAUUAACCCACUAA